AUGUCUUCUUCAAAGAAUCACCCUUUACCCGUUCCGCCAGGACAACAGCGACCUCGAGCAAAGUCGAACUUCAGCUUUCGCUCAACCCAUUCCCGCAAAAGUAGCAGCAGCAGUCAUAACAAGAUUGAUCUCCACGAGUCGCACGCAGAGAAGGAAUCCAAACGUCUUCAAACGAAAGCAGAUCCUCAGAUGGCACUGAACGAAGCUGAGCCUUCUGUGGUUGCAAGGGAAAAGGCAUCACUGGCACCUAUUCGAGCAAUUCAACACAGAGACAAUCAAGGAAACCCUAUAGCCGACCCUGACCGAUCGAAUCCUACUCGAAGCCGCUGGGAGAGACCUCUCGAUACCAUACGAUCUUUUGAGGCGGCGAUUGACGGAAACUAUUCACGUAAAUCAUACAUUCGCACAGAAUCCGACGGACAAUCGACUUAUAACCGCCAAAGCAGCUAUUUUGGAGGAACACAAGUCACAACAGAUGAACGGCCCCGAGGUCCGAAUGGUUACUAUGGUGGACGUUCGCAGUCGUACAGACCUGAUAGUUAUGCGGAUGGCAGAGCCAAUGGGAUGACAAGACCAGAUAGUUACUACAAUGACCACUCAAAUGGUUACCACCCAAAUCGUGCUCGAUAUCCCCGGACGGCAUCUGAACCGCAUUUCAACGGAAGUCAAGGAGUGUAUCCUAUGCCCGGCAACCAGUCAUCCUAUGAGACCGUAGCAACUGCGUCUGGAAGUGGCAGCUCAGACCCCGCAGGUUAUCAGACUCCCCUAAGCGAGAACAGCUCGGUGGAUCGUGUUGCACCUCUACCUCCGAUGAAAGAGCCUGGAGAAAGUUAUGGAUUUACAGGAUUCGGUGGAGGCCCGCAAUAUGCCCCCCCUGGAAGCAACCUGCAAGAACAGCAGCACUACGGUGGUAAUAGCCAGACACGACAAGCAAACGGAUACCCGACUCAAGUUCCUCAGGUUCCUAGGAAGGAAUCUGCGUCCCGAGUCCCUAUCAAGCUUGGAAAGUCCAACGGUUAUGCAGGUCCACCACAAAAUGAGUCCCAGCGACCGGCGGCAGGAGAGAAGAGGAAAUCUUGGUUUGGAAAAAGGUUCAGCAGAUCAUAG